AAUCCAUACACUCAAGUCUCUCUCCUCGUCACUGAAACGAGACCUGCAGGCAAAAUCACACACAAAAAAAAACCCUAACCUCUGCAUCAAAAUCUCCAACAUGGUUUGCGUAAGGAAGGCGACGAUGGACGACUUGUUGGCGAUGCAAGCAUGCAACUUGCUAUGCUUGCCCGAAAACUACCAGAUGAAAUAUUACUUCUACCACAUCCUCUCUUGGCCGCAUCUCCUUUAUGUCGCCGAAGAUUACAACGGCCGAAUUGUUGGCUACGUGCUGGCUAAGAUGGAAGAAGAAUCUACCGAAUGUCACGGUCAUAUCACUUCUCUCGCUGUCCUCCGUACUCAUCGUAAGCUUGGCCUCGCUACCAAGCUCAUGAAGGCCGCCCAAACCGCCAUGGAACAGGUGUUUGGAGCAGAGUACGUGUCGCUGCAUGUGAGGAAGAGUAAUCGGGCAGCAUUCAAUCUUUAUACUGAAACAUUGGGCUAUAAGAUUCAUGAUGUGGAGGCUAAGUAUUAUGCAGAUGGGGAGGAUGCAUAUGAUAUGAGGAAGCAGUUCAAGGUAAAGCAGAGUCACCACCACCAUCACCACCACCACCAUGGUGGUGGGUGUUGUUCUGCUGAUGCCAGGCCUGUGGAAGCUCAACCAGAAUCAAAAUCAGAGGCAAAAGCCAGCACCAAGGUGGAAUAAAAAAUGGGUUGAUGGUGAAAGGUAACUGACUCACUGGAGAAGUGGGCGUUACAUGCUUUUGUUAUGUUAAUUGGAAUACUGUUUGUUUGUACUGACUACUGAGUAUUGUAGUUUGUUCAUCCUUGUUAACAAUGCACUGGCAGACCAGGAGUUGCAUUGCUAUUUCUAUUUACUGCUUCCUCCAUGCAUAUUGGGAUUAGCAUUGCUGUGUGUA